CCACCGCCGACGACCUCAAGAACACUUUCAAAAUGACAAAACGUACCCGCAAGGUUGGCGUUACCGGCAAGUACGGUACUCGUUACGGUGCCUCCCUCCGUAAACAAGUGAAGAAGAUGGAAAUAACGCAGCACGCGCGGUACACUUGCACUUUCUGCGGCAAGGACUCCGUCAAGCGCCAGGCGGUCGGCAUCUGGAGUUGCAGGGCCUGUAAGAAGACCAUUGCCGGCGGUGCUUGGACCGUCACUACUACUGCUGCUGCCACCGUUCGGAGUACCGUCCGUCGGCUGCGCGAGAUUACCGAGGCAUGAGCUAUAUUAUUGGGUCGUUUUGUCAUGCUCUGCUCUCGCAUUCCCUCCCGUCAUCGCCGUAUGCAUGUAAAACCCACCUUAUGGCACGUUCGCAACUAUGCUCCACCGCGACAGUAUGAAAGUAUGCGUACCUUUUGAUUCGCGGAAGCAAACCCUGUGAUACAAUC